AUGGCCAUGGAGGCGGGGUUCACGGCGCAUAGAACAAAUGCGACUCUCAAACGUCACGAGACUGGAGUCAUCGUUCGUUUCAAGACAAGGCUUGUGGAGAAAGGCUACGCGCAGGAACCAGGUGGCGACUACAACUUUACGUAUGCACCAGUUGUUAACGGCGCGUCGCUGAGAAUCUUUGCAUCACGGGCCAAAGAACUUGACUACACGAUCGAACAAUGUGACACAGAUACCGCUUUCCUCUAUGGCGAGGUGGAAGAGCGUGUGUUCUUGGCCAUCCCUCAAGGCCUUGAAGUCGAUGACCCCGAUGCUGUUGUUUUUCAGCUCGACAAAUCUCUCUACGGUCUUAAACAGUCGGCAGCUGUGUGGCACAAGCGAAUCCGCCAAGCAUUUAUCAAGUGGAACUUUGCUCCACUUCAAUCCAACCCAUGCAUCUUCGUGCGUUCUUUCAACAAUAACGACUUUAUUUACAUCGCUUUAUACGUCGACGAUAUGUUGAUCGCAGCAACGACGAAACAACUCGUUCAAGACGUCAUCUCGAGUCUCGAGGAGGAACUUCGUCAGAAGCGAUUGGGCGCAGCACGCCUCGUGCAACGAUACAUCGAAGAUAUCGUCGAACGCUUUGGCAAAAUUCACGCUAAGGCAAACGUGAACUCCUGUGAGGUUGCCACUAAACUUCGUCGAGGAGAUGAAGGAGAAGGUAUCGACACGACGGUGUACCCCCUGUACGUCAGCAUGGGUACACGACCGGACAUCGUUUGCAUUGUUGGCAGUCUAAGCAGGAUUUGGUAG